GUAACGUAUCGUUCUUUCCAUUUCCGUUAUUUUCAUAUAGCGACGGCCACAUAAUACACGGAAGUCGCCGCCGCCGCUGCCGCCUCGGUCCUUGCUGUCUGCGAAACCAAUCGUUGGUGCGACGAAGCUGAGAUCGAGCUCUCACAAGUUCCAGUUUGUUGCUCGUGAGGCUUGAAGUUUGCCAGUACAGAUGGCUGCUCAUAAAAUUGCACAUGCAACUCUAAAAGGUCCUAGUGUUAUCAAGGAGAUAUGCAUUGGCCUUACGCUGGGUCUGUUUGCUGGUGGUCUGUGGAAGAUGCACCACUGGAAUGAGCAAAGGAAAACCAGAGCUUUUUAUGACAUGCUGGAGAAGGGUGACAUCAGUGUUAUUGCUGCUGAAGAAUAGCCAUCUGUGCCACGCUUUUGGUAUGAAAGAAAGACCUGUAUUCUGAUCUUGAAAUCUCUGAGUGCAUUUUCAGUUGUAACGUGUAGUUUUUACUUUGCAUACAAAUAAGUUUUGGGUAAUGGUUGAGAUUUGCCACGCUUUUUAUGUUCAGCGGUUGCAUGAACUAGAUCCAUUCUUUUUCUA